UUUAUCAGCUUCUGGUGUGUCAAAUUUAAGAAGAAGAAAAACGAAAGUGAACGUUAUUACUGACUGACUGGAAAUUUCGACUUUUAAACUUUGAUCACAUUGCAACCAGCUUUCGGUUAGAGAUCCCGAGAAAAUAUGCAGCGUAUUUUCAUUCGCUGCGGUAUCGUGAAUCUAAACACAAACUCGUUCGUCGCCUGGAAAACGGUUUAUCGUCUUUUUGCUGAAAAGACGCGACCACUGGCAGCGAUCGAGAGACAGGAACGUUUUCGAGAUGCAUCCAAUGAACUGAUCCCCAGUAUAGCUCAGCCGCAAACAGCCGGUGGCUUGGCUUCGGAAAUUUCACCAACUUCUGCCACGAUACCUCUGGCGGAUGCCGCGGUGUCGCAGCAAGCAAGUAACGUCUUUGAAAUACCGGAUGUGAGCGUAUCGUCGGAAGUAACAAGAGAUAAAACUCCCUUGCCUUUCGAAGACAUACCGGGCCCGGUGGCUUUGAAGAUCUUUGAAAAAUAUUGGAAAUACGUACCUCUGCUUGGUACGCAACUAAUUUGCAGCCUGCUCAUCAACAGAUUAACUCUGGGUCAGCUGAAGUGGAACCGAAACGUGAUGCCGUUGAAGUACUUGUUUAACCAGUACGGACCCAUAGUUCGCAUCCAUGGACCCAUUUCUGGUGACAUAGUCAUGAUCCACAGGCCAGAACACAUUGCUGAAGUUUACAAACAAGAAGGUGAGGCGCCAGUCCGAAGUGGUAUCGACGUUCUGCAGCAUUAUCGGCUACACUACAGAAAAUCCAGGCUACCGGGGCCGUUUACAAUGCAAGGAACGGAGUGGACGGAGCUUCGAGCAAAUCUGGACAAACCGUUCGCCCAGCAGCUGACCCGGUAUUUUGGAAAACUCGAAAUGACGUGCGACGAGCUCGUGCAGAGGAUACGGAAAAUCCGGAACAGGCAGGACGAGGUGCCGGGCGACUUCGAUCAGGACCUUUCCCGUUGGGGCAUGGAGUCCUUUUCGAUCCUGUUGCUAAAUCGACGUUUGGGCUUCCUCGAGCCAUCGGGAUUAAAUGCAGCGUCCGAACCGGCGAGAAUAAUCGAAGCUCUUACCAGUGCGCAUCUAUAUCUCAGUCGCUGUGAGAGUGGUUUCCAAGUUUGGCGGUUCUUCGAGACGCCGUAUACCAGGAAACUGUUCGCAGCCUGUGACGUUAUUGAUGGAGUGAUCGGGAAGUACAUUCGACAAGCUCAGAACAAAUUACGCAAUCGAUCAGCCUCCGACUACCAGGAGAAAAAUUCAACCGCGGACAAUGUCGAGGACAACGGUUCUCCAAUCCUAGAUAAGCUGAUCUUGGAUCAAGAGAUGCAGCCUGACGAUAUAUCGACUCUGAUAAUGGACAUGAUCAUUUUAGGUGUUCAGGCGACAACGAAUAGCGAGGCUUUCCUCCUGUACUACUUGGCAAGAAAUCCAAGAAUUCAACGCCAACUGUACGAAGAGAUUGGUGCUUUGAUGCCGAGCAGAGGGUCGGAGCUGACCCAAUAUUCAUUGAAGAAAAUGCCGUACCUACGUGCCUGCAUAAAAGAAUGUCUCAGACUCAGACCAGCAUUCCCAUACGUGACACGAGUUCUCCCAAAGUCUAUCACUCUGCACGGAUACGUGGUUCCGAAAGACACGUACGUCAUAAUGGCUAAUCAGAUAUCGUCACACCGGGAGGAAAAUUUUGAAGAUCCGGAAAAGUUCAAGCCAGAAAGGUGGCUGUCGAAUAACGCGGAGCGUGGCGAACACCAAGCGUUCAGCUCUCUACCUUUCGGUUACGGGGUUCGAUCUUGCUUGGGAAAACAGAUGGCCGAGACAGAGAUGAUGCUGCUGACAGCAAAGCUGAUCCGCGAGUUCAGAAUCGAGUACGACUACGCUGACAUCGGCAGUAACUACAUGGUGGUCAACGUCCCCAACAAACCGCUGCGUUUCCGUUUCGUGGACAGAGACUAGCAGCAUUCACCUGGGCGUCGGAGCCCGCAGAUGUAUUGAGUGAAGAGACGUUGUGAGGGUGAGCAGCGAACAACGUCACGUGAAGCUGAACUAUCCAUUUCCGAUGUGUCGGUACUGGAACCAUUUUUUGCAAUCGCACUGAUUUUUCGGAAUGAGUGUUGUUGCAGCAUGCUUUUAUACAAAGCCAUUUCACUUGUUAUUGGAAUAAAAACUGUGUUUGCCCUU